GACAAUGUGAGUCUGCAAAUCUCCAAUCUGCCUAAGAAAAACAGAUCACUCACCUGGCUUUAUACUACUGACCAGAAGAUUGUAGAGUGGGAAUCUGGUGAGCCUACUAAGUACUUCGAUACUAAAUUUAAGGACAGGGCCACGCUUGAUUCUCAAAGUGGCACACUGCACAUCCGCAAGGUCCAGAAGGAAGACAGCAGUACUUACCUCCUGAGGGUGCUGAAGGACAAUGGACAUGAGGAGGAAUACAAGAUCUCUCUGAUGGUGCUUGGCUAUUCAAAAUAUGCAACCCCCGGUGACAAUGUGAGUCUGCAAAUCUCCAAUCUGCCUAAGAACCACAGAUCACUCACCUGGUUUUAUACUACUGACCAGAAGAUUGUAGAGUGGGAAUCUGGUGAGCCUACUAAGUACUUCGAUACUAAAUUUAAGGACAGGGCCACGCUUGAUUCUCAAAGUGGCACACUGCACAUCCGCAAGGUCCAGAAGGAAGACAGCAGUACUUACCUCCUGAGGGUGCUGAAGGACAAUGGACAUGAGGAGGAAUACAAGAUCUCUCUGAUGGUGCUUGACCCUGUACAGAAGCCUGAAAUAAAUGUUAACAUGACAGAGAAAAUGAACACCUGCAACCUGACGCUAUCCUGUGGGAUCCAGGACCAAUCUGUAACCUACACUUGGUAUUGGGAAUCAGGGUCCUUUCCAAAACAGCUACAGAGCAGUGUGCUUGAAGAUGUCCACACGCCACAAAGCUACUCAAAGUCUUAUACCUGCCAAGUCAGCAAUCCUAUAAGCCACCAAAACGACACAAUCCACUUCACUUCACCCUGUGUACAAGCCUCCUCCUCCGGAGUAGCUUGGAUGGCAACUUGGCUAGUGAUCAUGGUAACCACUCUUCUCAAUCUCCUUUGUCCCUGAGAAGAGCUAACUAGAGUGAAACUUCAAGAAUGCAAGAUCUUGCCCUCAUUGGCAAUCGGCUCUUAACCAGGACAGAAUCUCUGGCUAUAUGGAAUAAGGCAAUGGACUGAGAUGUCUAAAAGAACAUUCACAUGAAGUUUUUAUAAUCACAGUAAUAUUUUAUUCUAUGUUUUCUUAUUGUUUUUCUAGCAUACAUAUACAUACGUGCUUUCCCACCAAAAAUGGGCAGAAUGUAUUCUGCAAUGUUUUGUUUCAAUAAACAAUGCUAAAAUUGUCAAAA